UGAGCCCCACCUCCACAUGGAUCAACAGCUAACAAAUUGAUUGAUCACGAUACAUUCGUCCAACCACAGUCUAUGGUCCAACCGCAUCGCGGCUCUCAUGUCUUUUCUUUCUAACGGCUGUUCUGAUUGGGUGGAUCAAGUGUCAAUCAAAGAGUUAGCCACGUCCCCUUUCUGGACAUCAAGCUCAGAGAAAAAACUGCAACAGGGGCUAACUUAAACAUAGGGGGAAAAGUGAUACAAAUAGUUUUUACAUGAUCGGUUAUUUAUUUGCCUUUUUUAUUGUAAGUUUUAAAGAACACUUUUUUUUCUUGCGUUUCGACAACUUUCUUCUCUGUUUGGUGUGGCCGUGUGGGGAUGGAUGAGAUGCGGCCUAGCAGCGGAGCAGCAGCGCGCCUCGGCCUCGCCUCGCUCUUUCCCCCAGGAUUGCAGGCCAUUUAUGGGGAAUGCAGGCGCCUGUAUCCCGAUCAGGCCAACCCGCUGCAAGUCACAGCCAUUGUGAAGUACUGGUUAGGGGGUCCAGAUCCUCUGGACUACAUUAGUAUGUACAGAAACUUUGGAUGUCCUGGACAAGAUAUACCAGAACAUUGGCACUAUGUCAGCUUGGGUCUUAGUGACUUGUAUGGGGACAACAGAGUUCAUGAAUUCACAGGUCAAGAGGGCCCAAGUGGUUUUGGUUUUGAGCUCACAUUUCGCUUGAAGAGAGAAGCAGGAGAGACGGCACCCCCUACCUGGCCAGCUGAGCUCAUGCAAGGCUUGGCUCGAUACGUGUUUCAAUCAGAAAACACAUUCUGUAGCGGAGAUCACAUUUCGUGGCACAUGCGUGUGUUGAUUGCUCAUUCCAAGCAGGAACGAGUGGAUAAGGGCAUAGAGACGGACGGCUCUAACCUGAGCGGGGUCAGUGCCAAGUGCGCCUGGGAUGACUUGAGCCGACCUCCCGAGGAUGAGGACGACAGCAGGAGCAUUUGCAUUGGGUCACAGCCACGCAGGCUGUCAGACAAAGACACUGAACAGAUUAGAGAAGCCUUGAGGAAAGGACUGGAGAUUAACAGCAAGUCUGUCCUGCCUCCCAUCAGCAGUCAGAGGCACAGUCACGACUGGCCACAAGGUCGUCUGCUUCAUGGCCGACAUUUCACUUAUAAAAGCAUUAAUGGAGACACGGCAAUCACCUUCGUAUCCACUGGGGUAGAAGGGGCCUUUGCCACAGAUGAGCAUCCGUAUGCUGCGCAUGGACCAUGGCUACAGAUACUACUUACUGAGGAGUUUGUAGAGCAGAUGCUAGCCGACAUUCAGGAUUUGAGCACACGUGAAGUGUCUAAGCUGCCGAAGGAGUACAGCUGGCCCGAUAAGAAGCUAAAGAUCUCUGUCCUGCCAGACACCGUGUUUGACAGCCCACUGCAGUAAGACUGGGAGCUCACUGUCCCUAAUUACAAACCCACAACUACAGAAAAGCUCAACUCUUUUGCCUGGCUCAUGUGCCUAGAGAGACCGCUGAAGGAAAGAGACGUUCAGACACUUCCCCUUUUCCCAGAGAGCAUCGUAGAUAAUUGCACAUGGCAUAGAACAUUUUUUAAAUAUACAACAUUUUGAAUUGUCAGUUAUACCACUUGUCUUUGCAUUGGUCUACCUAUUCACUCUUAAAGGGUUAGUUCAGCCAAAAAUGACAAUUUUGUCAUUAAUUACUCACCCUCAUGUC